AUGACCAAGACGGCCUUUGUGCGUGAGAUUGGCGACAGUGCCAAGUCCCUGAGCGGCUUCCUCGGCACCCAUGGCCCCAUGAACGGGUCAGGAUUUGCGGCCUACGGCGGGACAUGGGAGUUUUUCAAGAAACGCGAGAUGGCGGGCAUCAAGCCGCCUGUUGUCAAGAAGCAGAAGGUCGGCGCUGCCGGAAACGGAAGCGCGGCUGCCCCUGAUGUUCCUGACCUUAGCGACAUCUUCCUUCCUGGUGAGGACGAUGACGUGGUAACUGCCUUUGACACGUGCGACGAGGUCCGAAGCAAGAUCAACGCUCAUCUCAAGAAGCCCGGUAUGACCAAGGCGCAACUCUGCCGCGACAUCUAUGCGCAGCUCAAGGUCCCCUCCAAGCCCGGGAAGCCGUCCGAUCUCGCAGCUCGACAUGGUGUGACGCAAGACCGCGACAGAGGAGCUCCUGGCCAAGUCCUUCGCAGACCUCCUGGGCGUCGUCAAGUAAGAGUUCACCGAGACCGCGCUGACCCUCCCGAAUCUCGGAAGCGCGCCGGCCUUCAUCCGCAUGCACAGAUGGGACCGGAUACUGGACGUUGA